GUACAUCUGGUAGUCUCAUUAAAUCUGCUGGUUUGUAAUUAGUAAUUAAUAAUUUUCUUCUGCGAUUAUCCAGCUAAACCGGUCGCUAGUUUGCAAUUGCUCUUUACUCUUCAUGCUGAAGUCCCUGGCGCGGAUCGUAAGCGGCGGGGUCCGUCUCGCCACCUCCUCGGCCUCCCGCGUGCUGGAGCCAGCUGGCCGGUCGGAGUUAAAUCUCACGAAAUUAGCGACAGUCCGACCUUUUACUCGCUCUCUGUGGAUGAUGAGCAAAAACGGAGGAGGACACAGGCCCGGCUUUCUCAAUUCAAACCAGCACAUCCAGCCUGCUUCGUGUGGCUGUGGAGGACUCCACACGGAAGGAGACAAAGCUUUUGCGGAGUUCCUAUCGGAUGAGAUAAAAGAGGAGAAGAAGAUCCAAAAAAGCAAAUCGCUUCCUACGAUGUCUGGAGGCUGGGAGGUGGAACUGAACGGCACGGAAGCAAAGCUAAUUAAGAAAGCAGAUGGAGAAACGGUGACUGUCACGUUCAAUGUGAACAACAGUAUCCCACCUAACUUUGAGGAAGAACCAGAGGAAGGACAGAAACCAUCUGAGAAUGAGCCAGAAAUCGUCUCAACACCCAACUUUGUGGUUGAAGUAACGAAACAAGGUGCAAAGCAUUCAUUGGUAUUUGACUGUCAUUAUCCUGAAGAUGAGACGGGACGUGGGGAAGAAGAGGAGGAGGGUGACACCUUUGCCAUCCGGGAAGUCAGCUUCCAGCCAGCUGGAGAUGAUGAUUGGAAGGAGACCAGCUAUACCCUUAACACAGAUUCCCUGGACUGGGCCCUGUAUGACCACCUGAUGGACUUCCUGGCUGAGCGGCGGGUGGAUAACACUUUUGCUGAGGAGCUCAUGGAGCUGAGCACUGCGCUGGAGCACCAGGAAUACAUCAAGUUUCUGGAAGAUCUGAAAAGCUUCAUCAAGUGCUAGUAAGCUAUAGGCUGCUGGUCCAGAGCUUACUACAGUCUCCCUGUUGAUGACCAUGUACUAAUUAAAAAAAAAUCCUGUGACAGAAUGUGCCGAUACUUACAUUUCGGUUAAGUUGUUCAGAUGUUUAAUGGUAAGGUCUUGGGGGGCAUUGAAGUGUGAAUUACCAUAAAUGGGUGGCCCAAUAUUUAAGAAAUGGUUCCAGAUAAUUGGCUGCAGGGUGCAUUGUUAACUUUGUUGAAACGUGUUCAGCUACUGGCUUCCUGCGAGAACCUUGUUCAAUAAAGAUGAUGCAUUUUGUGACAAA